CGUGAAGGCGGCCAUGAAUGAGGUGUACACAUGCUCUCAGGGGAACAUGCCAACUCGAGACUGGACAACGAAGUGGCAAAAGAUAGUGACCACACCAGGCUUCGACUUGACGUUUCCAAAUCAACGAUCCGAGUUCUUCUCGCGAUCAUGCGCGGGAUUGCGGUCGGCACUCGGUAAUGAGUACGACUAUACCACAUUCCAGGGCAUUCUGGAUCGAGCGAACUUGGUCAUCCAAACGGACGACAAGGCCGCUAACGAGAGACAAUCCCAGCCACAUUAUGUGGCUAAGCAGGCCUAUCAACGUCCGGCACAUAACAAUGUCGUGAUUUGUGAGGAAACCGACGACCACCACGCUGCAGCAGCAUCCUCGGGUGAUGGAGGAAUUGUCGCAGCGCUCCCGCUGAAGCGUCCCAAGAGAGUUCGUAAGAACAAGGCGACACAAGAGACGGCAGCGACGGGAGGUGGGCAGCAGCCAUGGACGGCAUAUAAGAUCACCAAGGAGGUCUAUGACCUACGUCAGAAGUACGGAUACUGCCUUUGGUGCAACGGAGUCACUCAUGUGACCGCACAAUGCCCCGAAAAGGGCAAGGCACGC